AUGGAGUCUCCUUUUCCCAAAUCAUCUUCAGUGGCCGGCGAAGGCGAGAUCAUAGCCCAGCUCCUGCCCAAUGGCUUGUCAGGUCUCAAGGGCAUGUCAUAUCAGUACCCCCUGAAACUCAUCUCUCCGACACCGGCAGCCGACCAGAGAAGCGUUCUGGUAUUUCUGCUUUCCUACGGCGGUGGACUUGUCGGGGGCGACAGCGUCAAUCUCUCUAUCCGCACUCUACCGGGAUCAAAACUCAGUAUUGUCACACAGGGUCAUACGAAGAUUUUCAAGUCCGCGUCUCCUGACAUUGUCACGCGCCAAACGCUCAGCGUCCACAUAGAAGAUGGUUCCGGCAUCUGCCAGUUGCCAGAUCCAGUUCAGCCUUUUGAUGGAAGCGUUUACGAGCAGACUCAGAUAUUCACAGUUGCCCCCAACGCUUCUCUGUGUCUACUGGAUUGGGUGACGCAAGGCAGAACGGCGCGUGGUGAAGAUUGGAGCUUUGUCAAAUGGACAGGACGCAACGAAAUCUGGCUGGAAAAUCAAGUGCCCAACCAAAAGAACCGUUUGCUGGUGCGAGACACGGUCAUCCUAGACAGAGACAGCCAAGGCCUAGUAGGGAGAUCGCUACGAGACUCUAUGCAUGGAAACGGCCUCUUUGGAACUUUGAUCUUGAGAGGGUCCCAGAUGCAAUCAUUAGGCAAUUUCUUCCUCGAAGAGUUCGGUGCUUUGCCUCGCAUUGGCGCGAGGGAUUUCAGAUCAGCCGAGGCCAAGGCCAAGGAAGAAAGCAACUUGACUGAGCAUGAAUUAUGGAGGCUUAAGCGCAUAGAGAUGGAGACGAAGGAAGGUAUCUUGUGGUCGGCUGCGAGAGUCAGGGGAUGUGUUAUUGUGAAGUUUGGAGCAAGUACAGUUGAGGCUGGCCGGCUGUGGAUUGGCAUCAUGCUGAGUCGAGAAGGCACAGUUGCAAGAGUCUAUGGAGAGCAAGCAUUGAUGUGCGUAAAAUGA